UUUAACGCUAUUUGCGUCCUCUUUGCCUGUUUUUGAAUUCUAAACUCAACUACACACACGGUUCAAUCCACGUACAAAUCAAGGUACAGAUGUGAAUAAAUACAACUUUUGAGAUGGGAAGUGCCCCAGCUAAACCGAGCAGAAAUGAAGGAUUAUAUUUUGUAGAAACGGAUGCAAUAUCGAUAAGUGUAUCUGAUGAUGAAGACAGACCAAACCAAGUACGUGGAUUUGGAUUUACUGAUGUAAAAUGUAACAGUUUUGUAGUUUCAUGGAAACCUCCUCAAGAUUGUGAUGUUGAACGAUAUCAAGUUAGAAUUUUCCCCCCAGAGGGAGUCAAAUCAAAGUCUUUGAUCAAUUCUCUACAGGAGGCAUCAUACACAUUUGACAGAUUAACAUCUGGUACAAGGUAUACUGUGGGAGUUGUCCUAGUAGACAUAAAUAAAAAGAAAAGUACUUGUGCCUCAGCAAGCGAAUCAACACUACCUCAACCUCCGACGGAGAUAGAUUUCCCAACAAGUGAAAUCACUGCAUCAACAUUUCGAGUUCGGUGGAGGCCUUCAAAAGGCGAUAGAGAUUAUUAUGAAGCUGAAAUCACUCCCACCAACGGUGUAACUGGAAAUACUUCUGUCACAAAUCUUCUUGAUUGUCAUCACGUAUUUACUGGAUUAGUACCCGGCACAGAAUAUAAUGUUAAAGUCGUGAGCGUUUCGAACGAUAGAAAAAGUGAGGUGUUGGAAAAGUCCGUCAUAACAAACCCUGGGCAUGUGUACGAUUUAUCAUUCCCAAAUGUAACUCAUAACGAAAUGCAAUUGGUAUGGAAACCUCCUUCUGGAAUUGUCGAAUGUUACACGUUGAAACUAACAAGCGAGAUAGAAGCGGAAGAACCUGUUGUGAUUGAGAAAAUCAAACAGACGUCAUAUAAAUUCAACGGACUGGUUACUGGAAGAAAUUAUAGCUGUGAGAUCUUUACACAUGCACUGGGAAAAACAAGUCUUCGAAAGAGAUUUGACCAGUGCACAGUUCCAAGCGAAAUUGCAAACUUGUCCGUCGCCAAGGUAACAGUCGACGAAGUAGUUCUGACAUGGUCAAAUGCACCUGGAGAUGUUGAAGAUUAUGAUUUAUUCCUUAAUCCAAGAGAUGGUGUAAUUGGUGAUCCUUGUCCAAGAGGAAUAGUGGGAACUACACACAUUUUCAAAGGACUGUUGCCAGGAACAAAAUAUACAGUGGGAGUUGUUACGAACUCGAAGGAUAAAAUGAGCCAGCGGGUAGUGACAGGUUUUCUAACAGAUCCAGCCUCUUGUGGAGAAAUAAGUUUUCCUUCCGACGAGUUGAAAUCAACGCAAAUAGGAGUUCACUGGUUACCAGCUAGAGGAGAAUGUGACUCCUAUUCAAUUCUUGUCAUUAAAGAUGGAGGUUCUGGCGGAAGUUGGAAAGAAGAAGAUAUCACUCAACCAAGACAUAUAUUCACAGGUUUGACUCCGGGAGCCGAGUAUGCAUUUACUAUUACAACAAUACGAGAAGGAAGACAUUCUGUUUCGAAAACAGCAAGCUGCAGCACUUUACCUUGUCCUGCUGGAAACAUCGCGUUUCCUGAAGGAGGAACAACAUCAAAUUCUAUCAAAGUUAUUUGGCAUCCAAGCGCUGGUGGUGUCGACAGUUAUAAAAUUCAAGCAAAGGGAGGAGGAACACGUUUUGAAGACUACGCAAAAUACGAUAAAGCUGAAUUUACUAUUUCUAAUCUACUUCCUGGAACAAAGUACAACAUAGCUGUCAGUGUCAUAAGUUACGGAGUGGAAAGCGAACCUUCACUUGCUACAUGUAUGACAGGUCCGGAUUGCGUCAAAGAGUUGACAGCCAAGACUUUGAGUAAAAAUGAAAUUCAGGUCUCUUGGUUACCCCCAGACGGCGGUGUUGAUCACUUUGAAUUGGCAAUCCGACCACCAAAAGGCAUUGGUAGUGAAACUGAUCCAACUGGAAUAACUUCACAUGUUCAUGUUUUUGAACGACUUGUUCCCGGUACACUAUAUAGCGUAUGGGUGACCCCGAUUGCAAGAGGAGUUCGUGGACCGCCAACGGAAGUUAAAGCCUAUACAUUACCUGGUGAUGUAUUGAACGUACACUUCCCGACCGACUGCAUAACUUCCGAGUCUAUGAAGAUAGCGUGGGGGGUUGAAGGAAAUUCAAAAGAUGUGAUGGCAACUUUAACUAAUGUUUAUGAAGGAGAAUUUGGUCAGGAGUGCGCAGUACCUAUUUCAAAGGAAACAAUUAAAUCAGCGAGUCAACAUGUUUUUACUGAACUGACUGAAGGUACAAAAUAUACCGUAACUUUGCAAGCUAUCGCAUCGCCAGAGCUAUCUCAAGCAGGAGGACAAAAUGCAGUGGGAGCUGCCAUAAUCGCAAACCAGGAGACGGGUGGUAAUCGAAACGAAGCUGCGACCGCUUACAAUAACGAAGAAUCUAGCUACAAGGAUCCUUCCGAAAGCACCACAGUAAUAUCUACCAGACAAGCAUUUGUUGAGAUAGAAGAUGUGUCCACCUGUGAAACAACCUCGAAGAAAUCUGAGGAUGAUAUUCAAACUGAGAACAAAGAUAUUGCACAGCCUUCUGCACCCAAAACUGAAACGUCGUCACCAUCCUCGUCCCCUUCAGAAAAUUUACCAUUAAUUGAACUUUAAAUUUACUGGUCAUUUUAUGAUUUAAACAGCAUUUAUUAUACUAGGUGGUCAUCAUUCACACUUGGUCAUGAAAGACAAUGAAAGUAUGAAAUUGUCAAAUUUGAUAGGAAAAUAUGUUUUGUUGUUUAUAUGCUAGAUACGAUUAAACAAUAAGCUAUAAUGGAGUGAAAAAAAUACGACAAAAUGUAAAAAUAAACACAGUGAUUGGUGCCGACAAAUUAAAAAUUGACAUUCAAAAA